GCCAAUCGCCUGCCUGCCUGCAGGUCCUCAGACUCGAGUCGUCCGAUCUCAGAUGCUAGCUCCGAUUGGCAACAUGAUCAAGCUGACCCGACAGCAAUGACGGAGCGAUGCUUGGCGUGCCUCGCGCUUCUGCUCGCGUCGGCAGUACUCGUGACGAGUGAAGUGACGAUCUAUGCCACGCCGACACUCACAGGCGCCGCGGCAGCUUCGGCCACUGCUGCGUCUCGCCAGCUCACACCGCCCGCUAUCCCUCCAGACCUGCCAAAGACGGUGGCAUAUUCAUUCGGGGAAGGCGUGCCUGUCGGGGCUAGCACUACCGUUCCUAGCAAUUUCUGGGGAUGGAGCAUCGAGCUCAGUGUCGCCUCACAGAUCCUGGGGAACUCGCCCGGCACCCUGCAAAACUCGCUGCUGAAUUAUUUAUCGAACUAUCAAGCUAGAGCACGCAAGGGGACAGUCAUACGGAUCGGAGGCAACUCGCAAGACCAAGCAGAAUAUCGACCGGCCCAGCCUGUCCCAAUCAUCACCAAUGGCACAGCACAGUCCUCUUCCUCUCUGCAAACGCCCUACCUCACUAUGGGCCCUUCCCUCUUCGAUACCAUGCUCAACAUGACCCAGCUCGUACAAACACAAUGGAUAUUCGGACUCAAUUUUGCCGACCCAGCCAACACGACUAACCCUACAAUCAUUGCGACUGCGCUCGAGGCCAGCUUGGGCGACAACCUGCUCGCAUUCCAAGUAGGCAACGAGCCUGACUUGUAUUCACAGAACGGAAAGCGGCCAGUCAAUUACACUAUACCCGAAUACAUCGUCGACUUCGGCGAGGAGAUCGAGCUUCUCAACGGAACGACUGCACCCACAACGAUAACCCAAGUCAACAAAUUCACCGGUCCUAGCGUCUGCUGCGAUUGGACAAUGACGGACAUUCUCGCCAACGGCUAUCUCGCCGCUUAUAGCACCAGCCUGGCCUCUGUCUCCGUCCAACAUUAUCCUGACAAUAAUUGCGUCGCUGUUGGCAAGUCAGAGGGCACCGCCGUGGUACCUCAGAAUGUACUGCAGAACUACCUCAACCAUACUGGCGCUACAUAUCUGCUCGACCAAUACAACACAGUCGUGCCCGUCGUGCAAGCUCUGUCGAAGCCGUUCCAUAUGCUCGAGACCAACACCGCAAGCUGCGGCGGCUUUCCGGGCAUCAGCGACGCCUUUGCUUCUGCUCUCUGGGCGGUCGACUAUGCCCUCCAGAUGGCCACGCGCAAUUUCACGCUGGCUUUAUUCCAUGUCGGCGGGUCUGCAGUCGUAUAUAACCCCUUCACACCGCCACCUACCGAUGCGCAGUAUCUCGGCUGGACGACUGGGCCGUUGUACUACGCCGGUCUGGCAGUGACGGAGGCCUUGGGAAGCAGCAGCGCAAGCCAAGUCCUCGAUCUCAGCUCUACCAUAGAUGACGUCCAGCCGGCUUACAUCAUAUACGAGGCCGGCAUGCCAGCGCGAGCUGUUCUGAUCAACUAUGUGACCGAUAACAGCGGGGCGAGCGAUUACACUGCGAGUCUAACCAUCAGUGGCGUUGGCGAUCAGAUCAACGUCAAGUAUCUGUCGGCUGCUUCCUCGACCGCGUUCGAAAACAUCACUUGGGCUUCACAGUCAUACGACAGCUACGAUGGCACAGCUCAGGGCAAUGUAAGCGUGACAACAGCACCUUGCACAAACGGCAUCUGCACCGUCACCGCGCCUGCUCCUUCCGUCGCAGUCUGCUUCUUCUCUGAUGCCAUCUUGGCGGACUCGACGCCGACAGAGACGGCCAACUUUGGCAGUGGGACUGCCAAUUCGACGACGCUGGCGCCUGCCGCGCUGGCCAGUAGCAACGGUAUGGGCGGAAGACUUCAGCCCAUUGGCUCAAGCGAUCGCAAGAGCGAUGCCGCCAAGUCAAUAGGGAAUUCAAGGACAUUGACGAUACUUUUGUGUUUCUCGCUGUUCCUCUUGUUGUAG